AUGAACGGACAGCACCGCAAUGUUCUAUAUGUUACAAACUGGAGCAUAUACGGCGCUGGAUACAACCCUGAUAACAUCCCCAUCGACAAGAUCACGCAUGUGCUCUACGCGUUUGCGGACAUCCUGCCGAAUGGAACCGUGGUAUCAUCCGAUCCGUGGGCUGACACUGGAAAGUCUUUUGGCAAAGACAAGGUGUCGGAGCCCGGCAACAAUGCCUAUGGUUUAGUGAAGCAGCUAUACAUGAAGAAAAUGGCCAACAGGCAAUUGAAGGUCAUCAUGUCAAUUGGCGGAUAUAACUGGUCCCCUAAGUUUGCUCCGGUCAUCGCAAACGAGAAGUCCAGAGCCAACUUUGUGGCCUCUUCUGUGAAGAUGGUCGCCGAUUUCGGCCUAGACGGGUUGGACGUUGACUACGAGUAUCCGAACACCACCGAGACGAGUGCGAACACCGUAAAGCUGUUGUCCGAGCUUCGAGUAGGCCUCGAUCAGUAUUCAGCAAAGUAUGCGAAUGGCUAUCAUUUUACGCUGGGUUCCGCCGCGCCGGCUGGGCAUCAGAACUACGCGAAGUUGGACUUUAAAGGCAUGGACAAGUCGCUCGACUUCUGGUCUCUCAUGGCUUUCGAUUUUGCCGGUUCGUGGGAGAACACUACUGGCCAUCAAUCGAAUGUCUUCACCAGCAAGAAGACCCCUUUGAGCACCAGAGCCAGCAUUGACAAGGCCGUGAAGGAUUACACGAAGGCCGGGAUCCCUGCUCGAAAGAUCAACCUCGGUAUACCGCUGUACGGCCGUGCUUUCAGUAACACCAAGGGCAUGGGACAGUCGUACCGCGGCCUGCCAAACGGAACCUUAGCCCAGCCCGGUAUCUUUGUCUACAAGGAUCUCCCCCGCCCCGGAUCUAGGGUUGUCUGGGACAAUGUGGUCAAGGCAACCUACUCCUACGAUAAUCGCACGCAGCAAUUGGUCUCGUAUGAUGAUCUGAAGAGUGCCCUGUACAAGCAGGAGUACAUCAAGAAAAAGAAGCUCGGAGGUGCCAUGUUUUGGGAAGCAUCUGGGGACAAAAUGGGAGAUGAGAGCAUCGUCCGCAAUAUGGCAGAUUGGAUGGGCAAGCUUGAUCGCUCCAAGAACCUGAUCUCUUACCCGGUUUCAAAGUACGACAAUAUCCGCAACAACAUGAAGGGACGCAACGCUACUUCCAACACCGCUAAGCCAACCGGGCCCAAGUAG